AUGCGAGAAUUAGAAGAGCGGGGAGAGGUCAACUUAACUAGCCACCGAUGUGGUACUUACACUGUGACUGACGCAGGAGGCGGAAGGGUAGAUCCCAUGGAGUUGAGGCUUGGACAUCCCGAAGUCGAAGUCGAUUCCGCCGUCGGGGGAGAUGAACGCUGCAGGAUGGCCGGCGACCAACCCCGCCGCCGGCAUCUGCUCCGGGACUACGCUGUCCAUGGCGGCGUCCACGCUGCUCGGGUACUCCAGGUCGAGAUAAGGGUAUUCCUCCGACAAGUAGUCGGUGGUCUUGAGCUCUUCCUCCUCCACCUCCUCCACCUCCUCCACCUUCUGCUUGUGAUGGAGAUGAUGGAGAUGGUGGUCCUCCUCCGAAGCGGGAGGCUCGGGGUCGGGGAGGAGCCAUGAGGCGGCCUCUGCCUCCUCGGACAGGUUAUCGUCGUCAUCGUCGUCGGAGAGGGAGGAGGAGGAGGGCCUGAGGAGGGGGAGCUCCGCCGCCGCCGCCGGUGAGUUGGCCGGGUUGAGGAGGGCAGCGGCGGCGGGGGUGUCGUAGAAGGGGGCGACGGGGAUGCGGUGGUGGCGGCGGGCGAGGGGGUUGGCGGAGUGGAUGUCGGCGUCGCAGGAGACGCAGAGGGCGGCGGCGUCGGCUUUGCAGGUGACGGCGGCGGGGGCCUGCUCGCAGACCUCGCAGAGCCAGACGCGGGCAUGGCGGGAGGCGAGCUUGUUGGCCCCGUGGACUUUGGCGUCGCAGCCGCCGCACAGGAAGGCAGCGUCGGCCCGGCAGAAGAGCAUCGCCGGCGACCCCCUGCAGAAGUCGCACUCCCUCGCCCCCAUCACGCCCCAGUAG